GUUGUUUUGAUAAAUUACAUUAAAACAAAAUAAAAGUUUAAAGUGACAAGUUAAUAUAUAAUUAAUUUAAUGCAAUAACAAUAUUGCCAAACAAAAUGACUAAAAUCUGUGAUGUUUGUGGGGAUAAAGGACUAGCCAGAAAUUUUGGUGCCAUUACUUGUGAUUCGUGUAAAUCAUUUUUCAGGAGGACUGCACUUAAAAAUCAAUUAAUUUGUGCCUCAAAUGGCAAAUGCAAUAUAAAUGUAAUGACGAGAGGUUUGUGUAGAAAAUGCAGACUUAAAAAGUGUUUUGCUGUCGGCAUGAAAACGGAAUUAAUACAAAGUAAUGAACAAAAGAAAUGCAAGAAAAUAUUGAUAAAAGAAAAACUAAAUAAUUCAAAACAUAAACCCAGCGAUAAAUCCAAUAAUUGCGAUGAUUUCUCACCAAAUAAUUCACAAAACAAUUCAAUUAUUAGCGACACAACUAUUGACGAGAAUUCAUUGUUUGAUUUAUUAAACAUUAAUUUAUUUAAUAUUAAUGAUAUUGAAAAGGAGUCGAUUGUAAGUAAAAACAAUAAAAGUGAAAAAUCUAAUGCAAUGCCUGUUAACGAGAAGAAAAGGCAUGAAUUGUCAGUAAUUCCUGUAUUUAAGACAAUCAGUGAUUAUAAUGGUAUCAAUCAAUUGGAGUCCAAACGCAUAGCAGAACUACUGAACGCUUCAAACAAUAUAUUUCAAUAUCCGCUACAAAGCAAUGCAAUUAUACAUAGGAUUAAAGAUAUGGACGAAUUUGCGAAUAAAUUCCAAGAUUAUAGCGAAACAUCCAUUAGAUUAAUAAUUCAAUUCACAAAAAGUCUGAACAGUUUUAACAAUAUCUGUGCCGACGAUAAGUAUGCGCUCAUGAAAUACGGGGGCAAAGAUCUGGUGCUCAUCCGAUUCCUUAAACAUUAUGAUAGAGAAAGUCAUAGUCUUAUAACACCGAUUGAUCGAGAUAAUUCUGUGCAAUUUGAUUUGGACUCGAACAACAACUGUAUAUAUAUUUACUGCAAAGAUAUCUACUAU